ACCAUAAUCCAUCCACAUUUUUGUAUGAGACACACGUGUAUACAUGAGACACACGUGUAUGCACUUGUGUGGGGGUUAGGUGUCAUUGAAGUUGAAGAUUUACCGAUAGACAAGGUUAUAAGUGGGACUAGCUGUCAUGGCAAUGGAUCCAUUCAAGAUGAACUCUAAAGAGACCUUCCGGUUAAAACAAUGCCUUUUGUUCUGUCCAUCAAAAUAUUCUGUAUCUACAAAGUGGUCGACAAGACUGUUAUUAAAAUUUCCCUGUAUUAGCAGAUGUGCAACAAAGCCUACUGGUUCAGUAACAUUAAACACCUGUAAGAAUGACCAUGCCACUUCUUCAUCAAGAACUGUUGUACCUCCGCCAGACAAAAACACCACAUCACUGUCUUACUCUGUCUACCAGGAAUUAAGGUCAUAUUUAAGAGUUCCUGUCCUCUUAGCUGAAACUAACAAGGAUGUUCUGAGCAGUGAUGAUGAAACCAACCCUGAAGGUAUCCCCCUUGUAUCAAAAGAAGAAGUAUUGGAAUACAUUGCUAAUGAGACGGGGCCAGACCGAGUAAGGGAUUUCUUUAACCAAAAUCCUCAAGGCGGACAUCACCCAGAUUUUGAGGAAUUAAGGCUGAAUCUCCUUAUGUCUGGAUUAUUGGGCCUAUUUAUAGGAUAUUAUAUUGGGUACCGCAAAACCUCCAUUAAAUUCAGGGAAGAAAACCGGAGCACAACAUUCCGUUCGGCUAUGAAUUACCAGCGGAUGAGGAUGGACAAAAGUUUGUUAGGAGGAGCGAGAUUUGCAUUGAAAGGGGGUGUUUACCUGAGUACAUUUGUUACGCUACUGAUGGGUGUAUCCAAAUGUGUGUCUUUGUACAGGAACAAAUCAUCUUUUGUGGAGUACAGCAUUGCAGCAUCUGUAACUGGAGCCUUGUUCCGGGUGCACCUCGGACCUAAGGGAGUCGUGGCUGGAGGUAUAGUUGGUCUUACGCUGGGGACAAUAGCUGGGCUGCCACUGUUCGGACUUGCCAAAGCUACAGGUGAAACCGAGGAAAACAGGCAUUUCAAAUACAUUGAAGAGAAACUUGCCAUUAAAAA